GUGUCUCCUGAGCGCGGAGAGGCGGGGGGGAGGCGGAGGACGUGGAGGAGGAGGAGGGGGAGAAUGCCCGGAGCCGCCGCCGCUGCCGCCGCCGCCGCGAUGCUCCCGGCUCAGGAGGCUGCCAAGCUGUACCACACCAACUAUGUGCGGAACUCGCGGGCCAUCGGCGUGCUGUGGGCCAUCUUCACCAUCUGCUUUGCCAUCGUCAACGUGGUGUGCUUCAUCCAGCCCUACUGGAUCGGCGACGGCGUGGACACCCCGCAAGCUGGCUAUUUCGGGCUCUUCCACUACUGCAUCGGCAACGGCUUCUCCCGGGAGCUGACCUGCAGGGGCAGCUUCACGGACUUCUCCACGCUGCCCUCGGGCGCCUUCAAAGCCGCCUCCUUUUUCAUCGGCCUCUCCAUGAUGCUCAUCAUUGCCUGCAUCAUUUGCUUUACCCUCUUCUUCUUCUGCAACACGGCUACGGUGUACAAGAUCUGUGCCUGGAUGCAGCUCACCUCGGCUGCUUGCCUUGUGCUUGGCUGUAUGAUUUUCCCUGAUGGCUGGGAUUCAGAUGAAGUAAAACGGAUGUGUGGAGAAAAGACAGACAAGUACACUCUUGGGGCUUGUUCAGUCCGCUGGGCCUACAUCCUGGCUAUCAUUGGGAUUUUGGAUGCCCUCAUCCUCUCAUUUCUGGCAUUCGUGCUUGGUAACCGACAAGACAGCUUGAUGGCAGAGGAACUGAAGGCAGAAAACAAAGAUGAUGGAAAUGCUUAAAGCACACUAAGGUAGUGUGAGACUACGCCAUUUCUGCUAAGCCAAUAUUCUCUAGAAUGAGCACAAAACAAAUCAAAUAACAGCUAAACUAAUCGAAUAACAGCUUUUGUACAUCAGCAUCGAGAAGGAAAACGCUUGGGAGAGAUCAGAGUACCAAGAUGGAUACCGGCAAGAGUGACGCAUCCGACUGUCAAAGCAUCUACCAAACCUAGAUCGGCAGAGAUGGGAGUGAUUUUCCUGAAAGGAGAUACAAUCACGGAUUAAACACCAGCUCAUUGGAAACUAUCAUUGAAUAAGAGCAGAUGACAUUCAUGAGAAAUCACAUUCAGGAAAUAUUUUAAGGAAGAGGAAUAUAAAUGUGCUAGAAUUAACAUGUAAAAUAUAUAUGUACUGAGGUUUGUAAACUGUCCUUUUUUAAUCAAACAGAAAACAAAAAGCUUUAAUCUUUCAACAUUAUUUCAAAAAAGGCAGUGCAUCCUAAAUUAUUCCUAUCUCAAUAGCCAAGAGGCUGAUCAACCAUCAGUUAUUGAGGAAGCGUCUUAGAAAAUGCCUCUGAAUAUUUUCAUAGGAGCCAUGAUCUUUGGUUCCCAUCUCUGCUGUUCAUUUAUGUCACUGUGUAAUUAGUUACAACCACUCAGUUAAGAGAUGUUAACGCUUCAAACUUUUUACUGAGUCUUUGUUCAGUUUAAUCUGUCUGUACCAGUUAUUACUGAGAAAGUGUUUCUGAUGUAUACUAUUACUCCAUCAAGCUGUAUAUUACAGGAAGUACAUUUUUACAUCAUAGGUUCCUGAGCAACAUAGAUUUCCCUAUCUUUCAGGAAACAGCAUCAAGGAACUCUGAAAAAUAUAGAAAGCUCAUUUUCACCUUGAAUGCUCACAUGUAAUAUAUAGGCUGCUAUCAAAUAAACACUUUUUCUAAUUGCCCCUAGUAAUAUGUAUAAGAAUUUAAUAUACUUUACAAAUAAACAUCUAAAAUAUCUUCUUUUUCUAUUUCUUUGUCAUAUCAUCAGAAAUCCAUAUCCUUUCUUUCCCUUACUGAUAGGCACUCAUUUUUAUUUUAAAAAUAACACCAUUCCAUUAAACCUAUUUCUAAAUGAUAGUAAGUGGUACUAAUAAAAUACAUAAUAAUUUAAUAGCCUUAGAACUAAAUGAAUAUAUACUUAAUACAGGUCAAAGAAACUUGGUAGGAGUAAGUGGUCUUUUUGUUUACUAAUUUUAGUUUCAAGAACACAGUUUUUUGUUUGUUUGUUUGUUUUUAGUUGAUUGGCAUUUAAAAGUAGUGACAAAUGAUUAGUUGUCUUCAACAAUCUUUUGCUCCCAGGCGUCCCACACCAUCACCCUCAUCACAUGUCCUGCAAUAUGCAACAACAGAAAAAUAUUUAAUAUUGAAGUAGCCAAUUGCUUGAGAAUGACACAAGCUAAAAUGUAUGUGCAGGAGUUAUCAAUAUAAGCCAAAUCAUAUUCUAUACCUGAGCAGAAAACAUGAACAUGUAGAAUGCCUUCAUUUUUGAACUCAAAAUUAAGAUCCAUUUAGUAUGUAUUAUUGGAACAAUGGAGAGUAAUACAAGAAGAAUCAACCAAGAUACAGAUCGUGGUUGAUUUCUCUUAUCCUGUCUCACACCCCUAGUUUUGUCAAAUGUCACUGGUAUUAGCAUCUUUUCACCCCAAAUGAGUUUUAUGUUUCAAAUGGCUAAAAAGUAUAUUACAGAUACAGUCAAAUAAGUGAAAUACAAUUCACAAAGAUAUGGAUUUUCUAAAGAACCACAUUAGGGGAGUACUUAUUAUCUCUAAAGUAUUAGCUGUUCUGGGAGUUAUUUGUUGCUUUAAAUAUUAGCUCUCCCUCUGCAUUCAAAACACCCUACUUACUAAAUUUAAUUACACACAACUUUUCAAGAAUUCAUCUUUUAGUUAAGGGGAGGUACCUCUCUACUUUACCUACAAUAAAAAUAGAAGGUAUUGGCUUUCUCUAAUCCGUGUAAAUUGUAGAUUCCAUUGGGAGUCCUACAACACUAAUAGUGGUGUUUAUGAAAAUGGAAAAGUGCUUCCUAUCCACAUGCAAGUGUUUUUAAGAAGUUGUUUUCCAUAAAACCUAAGUGUAAUUUAGCAUACCAUAGUGCUCUGAAGAUGGGUCAUUGACAGUGUACCAUUUGUACAUAGGUAAAACACAUGUAAAUCACUAAAUGUUAAUUAGGUAUAAGAAGUAUGUUUUUAUCUUUUUUAAAAAAAAAAGUGACUCCCUUUCUCAUUCUGUUCUGUUGUAUUGUGUCCAAAAGUUGUGUGUAAUUUUUUAAGGUCCAGGAAAUGUAAAGAAAUUUGUUGGAAUAUCUGAAUUUCUGUAAAAAAAUAAAAAUAAGAUUUUGUUAUUUAAAAGAU